AUGAAUUACGCUAACGUAAAAGAACAAAGUGAAUAUGAAGCAUUGAAUGAAGAGGUGGAAGAUGGAACUAAUAUGAAAAUUAAUACUCAAGAUUAUUAUAAUUUAUACGAAAAUAAUAUUAAUUGUGAUAAUAUAAAUAAUGCAAGUGAGCAUAUACCUCUUGGAACUCCAUUAACAUAUAUUGCUGGGAAUCCAAAUGAUCCUAUACCAAAUAUGGGUAAUGGAAAUAUAGAUGGGAAGAAAAGGAUGCACACAGAUAGAAAGUAUGCUGGUUAUUUUGUUUCAUACGUAUCCUUUUUAUUAAUUAUUGUAUUUUAUUAUUUUUAUUACGGAAAAUACGCUCGUAUAUUAUAUGGUAUGAAUUAUAAUGGAAAGACAUGUGGAAGCGAUUUAAAACAAAAUAAAUAUUUAUAUUUUCCAUUAUCUCCUAAAACAUCAAAACCUGAAAUACUAAAUAAAUAUGGGAAAUGCUUAGAAUCAUGCCCAACAUCUGAUGAUACUUCCAAAAGGAAGAUAUAUUUAAAUGAGGAUACAAAUAAAAAUAAUAAAAAUAAAGGAUUUUUUGAUGAUUCUUAUUUAUUUUCUGAUAAGAAUAAAAAAAAAGUUGUUAUGGAUAAAAAGGGGAAUACUACAACAAAUGUAGUUUAUAGUGAUUACACGAAAAGUUCAAAUAAUAAUUUGUAUGUAGAAUAUUCUUUAAAUUCACCAUAUUAUGAUACUACUAAUAUAAUGAAUAUAUGCUUUCCUAAGGAUAAAUCAUUAAGGGAGAAAGUCGUAAAUAUAAUCUUUACGAAUAGAUAUAAAACGUUCGUUAAUUUGUUUUCCUUUCAUAAUUCUUUAUAUUUUGUAGUUAUUUUCGUUUUGAUUACUACAAUAUUAUCUUUUAUCUACUUACUUUUCUUAUAUCAUCUACCAACCCCAUCUUUUCAUUUGUUUUUAAUAUUAUUUCUUGCUUCUAUGAUAUGCUUCCCUAUAUAUUUCAUUCAUAAACAUUUAUAUCUAUUAUUUAAUCCAUUAAAGGGAUCCCUUUUUUCAUAUCAUUAUUUUAUUUCUAUUCUAAUAUGUUUCAUAAUAUUACUUCAUGGAAUAAUAUCACUAUUUAUAAUAUUUAUAUAUAGAAAUACAUAUAAAUAUACAUCCAAAUUAAUAGGAAUUUGUUUAAAUUUUAUAUACAAUAUAUCUAAUAUACUAUAUGCACCAGUUAUAGUUACAAUUAUAUCAUUGGCAUGGUUUCUUAUUUGGGUUUAUACUUACAUAUACAUAAUGACAGCUGGAUCACUUUAUGAAAAAAGGUUAAAUUUGGAAUUAGAUUCUAAUGGAAAUAGUGAAAUAGUAUCCCUCCAAAAAUUUUUUUAUUAUUUCAAAACAUCAUAUAUUUUUUCUAUAUUUUGGAUAUAUUUAUAUUUUUUUGUUUGCGAAAUAUUACAAUCUUUAAACCAAUUUGCCAUAAGCUAUCUAGGAGCUGUGUGGUAUUUUAGUGAUAAAGUUCGUUUCCAUAAAAAUAUAAAUGUGGGAGAAACCAUGAAAACAAUUCUAGAUUAUCAUUUUGGUAGUCUAGUUUUAUCAAGUUUUAUUAACUUAUCCAUUAAACUUCUACGUGUUUUGUUCUUUUGGGCUAAUAGUACUUUAUCUCUCCCUUUUUUUUUCAAUGAUUUAAUUCAUAACCUAAAGGAAAGAUUUUAUUUUAUAUUAAGGCCUGUUUCUAAGCUCAUUGAUUUGCAUACAAUGUCCGCUUAUUGUGAAAUGUCUAUGACAUCAUAUCCUUAUUUAUUUGCUUGUGAUACUUCAUCAAAAAAGCUAAUUAAUUCUACUUCGCCAGCAGCAUCUUUACAUGGAACAACUUACAUACUGAAUAUAAUAUUUCCCUGCUUCACUACCAUGAUUAUGACAUUUUUAUCAUUUAAUAUUUUUAAUAAUUUUCAAAGAUAUAGUGAUUUGUUUUCACCAAAUUUUGUUCCUAAUCCAUUUUUUGCAUCAUUUGUAAUUGGUAUUUUGUGUGGAAUAAUAACAUCUUAUUUUAUUACAACUAUAUCUACUUUAGCCGAUACCGUUUUAUAUUGUUUUAUUUGUGAAUGCUAUCAAAAACAAAUGAUUGAUGAAAAUCCUUUAAAAAAGAUAUUUACACCUAUUCUUUUAAGAGAUUUAAUAUUAGAUAUAUAUGAUGAAUAUAAUUCUAACUUAUAA